UAUACUGAGUAUACGUGAGUGAGUGAAAAUAUUUAAAAAUGUCAGAAGAAGGAAUUAUGUCUAUUAAUGCUCAGGCAAUUAAAGUUGAACCACCGGAAUAUUCAGUGGAAGAGAUUAAAAGCGAAAUUCAAGAUGAAAAUGGUGUUCUUGAUGCUAUUGUCAAAUCUGAACCAUGUACUGAGGAUUAUGAAACAUGUUUAGAAAGAUUUAUGAAUUCCGAAGUAUCUAUAAAAGAAGAAGUCAAACUGGAGGUAAUCGAGACAUCCCCUUAUGAAUGUAACAUUUGUAAUAUAUCAUUUGCAGAAUCGCAUCUUUUAAAAGAGCAUAUGGUCGAUCACAUGCCUAAUCCUAGCCCUGAAAAACAACCCUUUCGAUGCAAUGAAUGCGAUAAGACAUUCACACAAUUAAGUAAUCUAAAAAAACACAUGCUGAUUCAUUGCGAAGAGCGUCGUUAUAAAUGUGAAAUGUGCAAUAAGACAUUCAAAGCAUCAAGUUCUCUGAAUAAACACAUGAUGAUUCACAAUGGAGUUCGUCCUCAUGAAUGCAAUAUAUGCCAGAAGACAUUCACACAAUCAAGUAAUCUGAAACGUCACAUGAUUAUGCACAGUGGUGUGCGCUCCCAUGAAUGCAACAUAUGCAACAAGACAUUUACAGAAUCAAGUAGUCUGAAACGACACCUCCUUACGCACAAUGGAGUGCGUCCUUAUGAAUGUGAAAUUUGUAAUAAGACUUUUACAGAAUCAAGUAGUCUGAAAACACACAUGCUGUUACACAAUGAAGUACGCCCCUAUGAAUGCAAUGUAUGCAAUAAGACAUUCACACUUUCAGCUACUCUAAAAAGACAUAUGCUGAUGCACAGGUGUUACGCCCAUAUGAGUGCAAUAUUUGUAAUAAGACUUUCACACAAUUAG